GAGGCAGACGGAGGAUCUAACGGCUGCAAGAAAGAAAAUGGCCGACUGCCUGAAGAAAAAGAAGAAGAAUCUGCGCCUGAAGCGCCCAGCGAAGAUGUUCGUCCUCCGGAGACGACGUCAGAGUCCGAACCGACAGAAGAAGAAGAACCAGAACCGUCCUCUGAUCCGGGCGGUCUGUCGGCUCCGCCCCCCCGAGUCUUAACGAGACCAGACGGCGGUCCCGAGCCGGUGUCCGGCGCCACGACCGACUCCGACUCCAAAGCCCUGAGUAGCGGGGAAUCCUCCGAGGACGAGGGGUACCUGAAGGGGGCGCCGGAGACAGCGUGCGGCUCUCCGAGCAUCCUUCCGUCCUCCGUCUUGGACAAAGCGAGCGCCAUCGCUCAGCACUUCGCCGGCAGCGUCAAACACGGCGUCCUGGCAACAGACGACAUCCGCUCCCCCAGCUGUGAGUCGCCACGGUUACCCAGAAGCGGCGGCGGGGAGGGCGUCCUCGUCCUCGGCGCCGAACCUCGGGAGACUCGUCUCAACAGCGACUGUGACAACCGUGAUUCUGAUUCGGCGUUCGGCGCGACAGACGUGGCGCCGAUGUCUCCGCGAGGCCUUCGCCGCCGGCGCAACUCCUCGCUGUCCCCGCGAGACCAGCUGCUCAUCGGCAAAAUCCGGAUGUACUACGAGAACGCCGAGAGCGAGGACGCCGCCUUCAGCGUCCAGCGCCGGGAGAGCCUGACCUACAUCCCCGCCGGGCUGGUCCGGAGCUCCGUCAGCCGGAUCAACAGCGUCCCGAGCGAUGAACCCGGCCCCGCGCAUCCCGCCGUCUCGGCGCCGUGCCACGGCCCCGGCACCCGCGGUCACGGGGUCUCUGGCGCCCCCGAUCCAGGAGGCGCCGAAGGACUGCCCCGGUCCAGGUCGCGACGCUCGCAGGACGAGCCACCCGAGGACGAAGAGUUCAGACCUUCGUCCGAGAUGAUCGGGAUCUGGCAGACGAUGGAGGCAGAGAUCACGGGGCGAACCCCCGGGGACGUCGCCACGGAGACGGCGAGCAAGGGCCGAGAGGGCGGAGCCUCCGAGCUCGGCACCAUCGCCGAGGAGUCCUCCAAUCCGGCGCCGGGGAAGAUCAGAGCGUCUGGUACGAGUCGGACGAGAAGUCGGAGACAGGACGACGGCGUCAGGACAAGUCCUCACGUCUCCCAGAACCAGAACUACGGG